UAUCAAGCUAGUUUCGAGUCUUCAGUCUUUAUUAGAGAACAAGCACCGAAAUCUGUUCUGCUAAGUCGGUUGAUUUCAGCGGGAUCAAAGUUUCCUUCUUCAAGUUCUCUUUUUCAAAUCUUUCUGAGUUGUUAAGAGUGAUCGUCGAUGGAGUCUCUUCUUUCUAGUGAAUCGGCGUCGGAGAGAACCCUGUCCCCGUACGUCACUGGCACAUCUGUGGUGGCAAUCAAGUAUAAAGAUGGGAUCUUGAUGGCCUCGGACAUGGGAGGUUCCUAUGGGUCCACUAUACGGUACAAAAGUGUGGAGCGGAUGAAGCCUGUCGGGAAACACUCUCUUCUUGGUGCUAGUGGAGAAAUAAGUGACUUCCAGGAGAUUUCGCGUUACCUUGAUGAGCUAAUCCUGUAUGACAAUAUGUGGGAUGACGGGAAUUCUCUUGGACCAAAAGAGGUGCACAACUAUUUGACCCGCGUUAUGUAUAACAGGCGCAACAAAUUUGAUCCAUUUUGGAAUUCUCUGGUGCUUGGUGGAGUGAAAAAAGGACAAAAGUAUCUUGGGAUGGUUAGCAUGAUAGGAGUGCAUUUUGAGGACAAUCAUGUGGCAACUGGUUUCGGGAAUCACCUUGCACGGCCAAUUCUUCGUGAUGAGUGGCGUGAAGACUUGAGUUUUGAAGAUGGCGUGAAGCUGUUGGAGAAGUGUAUGCGUGUGCUACUGUAUCGUGAUAGAUCUGCUGUCAACAAGCUUCAGAUAGCAAAACUUACUGAGGAAGGAGUAACAAUUUUCCCACCCUAUUCAUUGAAGACGUUCUGGGAAUAUACAGCGUUCCAGAACCCGACGGUGGGUGCCGAGGGAUCAUGGUAGCGAGCUAAUGAAGGCAUUUCUCUAUGAGAAUCUCAUGCUUGUUUGUGUUUUAAUUCAAUGUUGAACUCUUAAGCUUUGUUUGUGCUCUGGCCAAAGACAUUUGAUGGCAUUGGCUGGAUUUGUUCGGAUUUAUUUGGACGAAAUUUGAAUCAUAGAUGCUCCCUACUCUGUCGUUUUUCUUUUC